AUGGCAGAAGCAGAAGAUGAUCCUCUAGAAAAGCUGCUUCUAAAAUUACACAAGUUGAAAAUAGGACCGGUAGAGCUAGAGUGGGAGUUAAGAGUAUUUGGCCUCCAUUGUCAUGUCCCAUUAUGCUGGAGAGAGAUGGUGUUAUUGUUGAUGUUCUUGCUGUUUCUGGUCCAACAAAUAUGUGCGAUAAAUGAGCAAGAGUACGCUCUUGAUUGUCCCACUUCUUCCUGUGGGAAAAUCGCAAACAUAAGGCCUCCAUUUAGGUUGAAAGGUGACCCAAUAUAUUGUGGCGACAACAGGUAUGAGCUGGAUUGUGAAAACAAUGUGACGGUGUUAUAUUUGUACGGGGGAAAAUAUCAUGUGCAGGCCAUCAACUACAAUAAUUUCACAGUCCGAGUGGUUGAUCCAGGAGUUGAAGAACAAAGCUUCUCACUUCCACGCUAUUUCCUGUCUCAAUCCAAUUUCACUGAUAAUUAUCGUGCUGUAGAUCCAUACCGAGCCACUCAAGCCCAAUUGUCUAAACUUAGUUUUAACGAGAAGAGUCUUUUCAAGCACAUAAUUUUCAUGAAUUGCAGCCAUCCAGUGAGUGAGAAUUAUAAGUACGUGAACACUACUCCGUGGGUGAAGUGGGAGACAAAAGGGUAUACAUAUGCCAUUGCUGGUGACUUAACAGCAGCGGACUUUGAAGUUGGUUGUCGUAUAAAGCUGCUUUCUCCGACGUCGUGGUGGGGUUUGCACGCAAAUAAAUCUUCCUACACUAUGAUGAACUCAGCGCUACUUUAUGGAUUUGAGAUGUCGUGGCUACAUACUGGCUGUGAGGAUGAAUGUGGAAACUCAUCUCAUGGCGAGUGCUAUUUCGACUCUUCCAUCCUCAAGCUUCAAUGCACCCUCUUCUGCAACGAUAUAUUCGGACUACUGCAAACGGAAUGUGAUUUUGUGACUUAUGUUUGGACAGGAGUCCAUGCAACAAUAAAAGAAGGGAACCUAAUAUUUGAAAAAGUAGACCUUAGCUUUGCAUCAAUAUCAUUUAUCAUUGGACGCUAUGCUUUACCAUUAUUCUUGCUACUCAGAUUUUUGUUUGCGGUGACAUUACUUAUUGUGAUUUUGAUAUACAAAUGGCGGAGAAGGCAUUUAUCAAUGUAUGAAAAUAUUGAAAAUUAUCUAGAAGACAAUAACUUGAUGCCUAUUAGAUACUCAUACAAGGAAAUCAAGAAGAUGGUUAAAGGUUUCAAAGAAAAAUUGGGUGAAGGAGGUUAUGGCUCGGUGUUCAAGGGAAAAUUAUCUAGUGGAACUUGUGUGGCAAUAAAAAUGCUAGGUAAAUCAAAAGGUAAUGGACAUGACUUUAUCAAUGAAGUUGCUAUCAUUGGAAGAAUACAUCAUCAAAACAUAUUACAGUUAAUUGGAUUUUGUGUUGAGGGUUCAAGACGUGCUCUUGUUUAUGAAUUCAUGUCCAAUGGAUCUCUUGAUAAAAUUAUUUUUUCUAAAGACCAAAGUGUAGAUUUUGGUUAUGACAAAAUAUAUAAUAUGUCAAUUGGGAUAGCUCGAGGAAUUGCUUAUCUCCACCAUGGAUGUGAGAUGCAAAUUUUGCAUUUUGAUAUAAAGCCACACAAUAUUCUACUUGAUGAUGAUUUCAUUCCAAAGGUAUCUGAUUUUGGAUUGGCAAAGCUAUAUCCGGUAGAUAAUAGCAUUGUCACCAUGACAACAGUGGGAGGAACAAUUGGAUAUAUGGCUCCAGAAUUGUUUUAUAAAAACAUUGGGAGAAUAUUUCAUAAGUCUGAUGUUUAUAGUUUUGGAAUGCUUUUGAUGGAAAUGGCAAGUAGAAGGAAAAACUUGAAUCCCCAAGUAGAGCAUUCAAGCCAAAUUUACUUUCCCUCUUGGAUUUAUGAAAACAUUAGAGAACAAAAAGAUAUAGAACUAGAAGGUAUCACAGAAGAGGAAAAGAAAAUAGCAAAGAAGAUUAUUGUAGUUGCACUAUGGUGUAUACAAAUGAAUCCAAAUGAUCGUCCCUCUAUGAACAAAGUAGUAGAAAUGCUCGAAAGAGAUAUAGAAAACUUGGAAAUUCCUCCAAAAUUUUCUUUAUAUCCAUGUGAAGCUGCGGAAAACUCCAAACAAACAAUAACAAGUGAAUUUAUUAGUUAUUCUAGUACUCUAGAGAAUCAGAACCAAUCCUACAAUAGGGUAUAA